AUGUUAUUUCUAACACUUUCAAUUCUUGUUGUUCGAACAUUUGCUUGGCCCGAUGGAGCCCCAUGCGUUCAUGCUGCUUUUGAGAGUAUGAACCCUCUUGAGGCUGUGGAACAUCAAGGCGGACUACAGCUAACAUCCCCUCCAUAUGAGAUCAAAGUUGAUCAAAAAUGUUACUGGAGAAACCAGCCAAUUGCUCUUACAUUACAAGGAAUAAAUGAUACUAUCUGGUUCAAAGGGUUUGUUAUUCAGCCAUACAGGUGGAACAACGAUCAACUCGGACCAAGAAUUGGACAGAUUGUUAGAUUGGAUGACAACGGUUCAUGGAGGCAACAAUGUUUCACAGAGAAGGCUUCUGCAACUCAUUCCCACAACGAGAAGAAGAAACACAUGAGAAUGUGGUGGAAAGUAGAUGAUGAGUCUGAUACCGUCCAAUUUGUGGCUACCGUUGUUAAACAUCAAACUAUGUUCUGGGUAAGAUCAGUUGUAUCAAAGCCAAUACCACCAUGUCGGUUGAACCGUAAUGGAUUUGAUGACUAUUCGCCUCCACUUCCAACACAACCACCUCCAGUUAAAGGAUUCAAAAUGGAGACAAAUCGCUUUUUCGGAAAUGAUGGAAAUUUAGCAGUUGGACCUUUCCUCCUCACGGAGAGCACCACACCUCGUCCAACACUACCAACAACUGCUUUUGUUCGCCCAGUAUCUACUUCACCCCGCAUGCAGCAAAUUAUUCCACUAGAAGAUUUACAAGUUCUCGGUCGACAUAAAUUCAAUACUCAACCCCAUCGUCAUUCAAUUGACAGUACAGCUCUACGAGUUAUUCCAGUUACUACCCAAACAUCUGCGUUUACCCUGCCAAUACAAACAACAACAACGCCAACAAUAACGACAACAACACCGGAACAAAGAAACGUUCUGCGAACAAAUGGACAAUUGACACAAUCUCAACAAUUCCAACGACAGCGGCUCAUUGCUUCCAACCGACGAUUCCAGAAUAACGGCAGGAAUCAACCAAGACCUGUGUUCCGGCCUGUGCCUAACAACCAAGUAUGUGAAGACAGAGAUUCAAUCUUCCGCUGUCAGCAAUGGAUACAAUUCUGCCGAACUCCGCGAUCAUUUGCAUAUCUUAGCAUUAACUGUAGAAAGACUUGUAGAUUCUGCUAA